CAGGUAGAAGUACUGACUGGUUCUGAUAAAGGGAAAAUUGGUACUAUAUCAAGAAUAUAUGAUGAUACAAACCUGUGUAUAGUGAAAGGUUUAAACUUGAAAUUUAAACUUGAAGAAGAAGCGAUAGAUUGUGAAGAGAAACCAUUAUUAGUCACCAGUGAAGUAGCACUGAUAGACCCAGCUGAACAGACUAAGACAGAUGUAGAAUGGAGAUAUACUGCAGACGGAGAGAGAGUUCGUGUAUCGUUAAAAUCGGGACGUAUUAUUCCAUUGUCAGCUACCUAUAAUAACACUGAGUAUGAUGGUGUUGAUAAGGCAGCUUAUAAAGACAGUGAGAAAGAUACACCAGACAAGGAGUUAAGAAAUGUGACCUACAUACCUAAACUAUCAACAUUUGAAGAAGAUAUUAUGCAGGAAAUGGGAAUUGUGGAAACGAGAGUAAGACAGAAAAAAUACUGGUAUUAA